AUGAAGGGAAUCCACAGCAGUACUUUCGACAGUGUCUGCAUGCUACCUAAUGGUGGUGCCCUUGCCUCGUUUGAUUCCGAGUCUCUGUCAAGGGAUCAAACCCCAGUUCAAAGCCAGCUCUGGGAUCAGGUUUUGCAUAUUGUGCCAGAAACAUUUCAGCAAGUCCAGCAUCUUCAGCAUCUUUGCAGCACUUCACUGCUGGAUUUGUGGAAGCCCCAGCUGCCUGAAGACAUCUCGGCUGGAGAAGACCUGCACAUAAGGGUCCCAGCCCCUCUGGUGCAGGAGGUGAAAGACAGCUUAGAUCAGCAUAUGAUCUCUUACAAAGUCCUAAUACCUGACAUGCAGGAACUUGUGGACAUGAGCAUGCCGAGGGAGAGAAGCAGCCAGAGACAGGUCUCAGAGGGUUAUGACUACACACAGUAUCAUUCAAUGGAAGAGAUUUAUCAAUGGAUGACUCAGAUCCAGGAGAACAACAGUGAGCUGGUGACUCAGCACUAUCUGGGGAAAACAGUUGAGAAUCAAACAAUGUAUUAUCUGCAGAUCAGCCAACCAUCAGAUAAAACCAAAAAGAUCAUUUGGAUGGACUGUGGGAUUCAUGCCAGAGAAUGGAUUUCUCCAGCCUUCUGUCAGUGGUUUGUGAAAGAAAUUCUUCAAAAUUACAAAUCUGACCCAAACAUAAGCAGAUUUCUGCAGAAUUUGGACCUCUAUGUUUUGCCAGUCCUCAAUAUUGAUGGUUACAUCUAUUCCUGGGAAAACGAUCGUUUGUGGAGGAAAAACCGUUCUCCAUAUAUGAAUGGCACCUGCUACGGGACAGAUCUGAACCGAAACUUUAACUCCUCCUGGGGCAGUAUUGGUGUUUCUUAUAACUGCAGCAGUGAAAUCUUCUGUGGAUCUGGACCAGAAUCAGAGCCUGAGACAAGAGCUGUGGCUCAGUUUAUCGAAAGGAAGAAGAGUGACAUUUUGUGCUAUUUAACAAUUCACUCCUAUGGACAGUACAUCCUCACUCCAUACGGUUCCACAACUGAACCUCCAAGUAACAAUGAAGAACUGAUGUAUGUUGCAGAGAAAGCAGCUGCUGCGCUGAUGGGAAAGUAUGGGACCAGUUAUGAAGUAGGAUCAACCUCUUCAAUUUUAUACAGUAACUCAGGCUCCUCACGGGACUGGGCUCACAUGAUUGGCAUUCCUUUCUCCUACACAUUUGAACUGCGAGACAAGGGUACUUACGGAUUUGUUCUACCCUCUGAACAGAUCCAACCCACGUGUGAGGAGACUAUGUUGGCUGUGACAACUAUCAUAGACUAUGUUGAUGAGAAGUACUUCCCAAGUGGGGCUGUGAGGCUGACCACCACCAGCCUGGGCCUGAGCUUUUGCAUGAGUGUUGUAUUUACAUGGACUGUUUCUUAA